AUGGCUGCUACCGAGAGCGGUUGCCCCUCCACGAAGGAGGUGAUGGUGGACAUCGACAGCAAGCACCAGCGUGCGAAGCCCCACUGGUACGAGCUCUACGUCCAGCCCUGUGUGGCCGAGCUGCUGGGCAGCGCGCUCUUCAUCUUCAUCGGCUGCCUGUCCGUGGUGGAGGAUGCCGGCAGCACGGGGCGGCUGCAGCCCGCCCUGGCACACGGGCUGGCCCUGGGGCUCACCAUCGCCAUCCUGGGGAACAUCAGCGGAGGUCACUUCAACCCGGCCGUGUCCCUGGGCGUGUGGCUGGUCGGCGGGCUGAACAUCACGAUGCUCAUUCCCUACUGGAUCUCCCAGCUCUGCGGAGGGAUAAUAGGAGCCAGCCUGACAAAGGCCGUGACGACGGACGAGCACUACGCCAACACCACUGGAGGAGCCUUCAGCGGCAUCGUGGCCGAUGAGCAGAUCCCCUCCGUCCUGGUGGGCGAGAUCAUCAUGACCACGUUCCUGGUGCUCGCGGUCUGCAUGGGUGCCAUCAACGAGGAAACCAAGACCCCUCUGGCACCCUUCUGCAUCGGCCUCACGGUCACGGUCGACAUCCUGGCGGGGGGUGCCAUAUCCGGAGCCUGCAUGAACCCUGCCAGAGCCUUCGGGCCGGCUCUGGUAGCAAACUACUGGGACUACCACUGGGUGUACUGGGUAGGGCCCAUGGUCGCUGGGCUCGUCGUCGGCACGCUGGUGAGGCUCCUGAUCGGUGACCGGACGACCCGCCUGUUCCUGAAGUGAGGCCAGACACGGGACUGUGUGUGCUGCCUGCUGAUGGGCCACGCUCAGCACGCCCAGCAUGAGCCCCUCAGCCCCCUCCGCCUCCUCCUGGGCUCCCCCACCAGCCUGCUGCGGGAAGGCUGCUCCCUCGAUGCUGCAGACACCAUGAAAAG